GUACAGGAGUACAGCGUCUAAACCAAAACAAAACAAAACAUUCAAAUUUAAUGUGAACCCAUAAUGCAGAACGAUGGCGAAAAUUCCAUUGCCCUUGCCACCAGCCGAGAGGAUAUAACGAAGCGACUGGCGGCGCUGAAUCGUUGGCAGGACGAGCAGAAACGCCUGCUGGAGGAGCGUCAAAAUAACCAGCGCGUAAUGCUUGGCAUGGAACAGCGAAACAUGUACCAACUGUUGGGACUUGUUCACAAGGAGGUGGAAAGCGCGGAGAGUAGUAUUUUAGAAGAAUCCGAUGUAGACGAUGACCAGGAGCUUCGCACGGAUGUAUCCAUACAAAUGCCGCGACACACGGAAUAUCAGGAGGAGGAAGGUGGUGGCGGCGAUAGCCAGCAACCUGCGAAGCCCAAGCGUCCAUUUCUGCGUCGUGGCGAGGGCUUGAAGCAACGCUUUAAGAUCAAUCCUGAUCGGCUGCGCUUAGAAAAUUUGCCGCGCUAUAAAUACGCAAAUGCGCAUCCACAGUUCCGCACUCAAGCACAGAAGAAGAGCAUUCUGAAGACGCACAAGGAGACGAAAAGAGUUACCGCUGCACAAGCGCCUGCCCCUGCUGCUCCUCUUGCUGCUCAUUCCCUGCCGCAAGAUCUUGACCUCAAUGAACAGCGUUUCCAGAAGCUUCUGAUUAGCUCUAAAACGGCCUGCAAUUCCACACCAGACCUCAAGUCUUCUUAUGCAUCGUCAAGCACAACCAGCGUGUCGCCCAGAGUGCGUUUCGCUGAGCAGAGAAGCAAAGAGCAUGCUGCCGACGAUGAGCAGUCCUCUGAGGCGAGUCCCCUGACGGGCGUGUGCUGGGCCAAGGUAUUGAAUGCGCAAAGUAUCAAGCCAGUGCCCCUCAUCCAACGACGCACGGCCCAGAUUCGACUAGAAGAUGACAGCAAUGUGAGCAUAUUUGAGUUGUUGGAGCAAAAGGCACAGGAGGGAAACUUUGACAUGAACUCCAGUUGCAUACGGGCGUUCAUGGCCCGAAAGGAGCACCGUCAGUCGGCAGACGAUACGGAUCAGAUUGUGGUCACCCAGCAGGUUCGGCAAAUGCAUUUGCAGCCAGAAGUGGUCCAGAUCACGGAGAUAGACGACGAUGACGAGGACGCUCAGGAGGAACAGUCGAGCGAUCUGACAAUGACUCCCAUACAGGUGGGAAAAAAUCAAGUGCGCGUACGCUUCUCCGACUCCAAUGACACGCAUGACACAACCCUCGGCGAUGGCUCCAACGUACAACUUUUCGAGCAGUUCAAGUCCGCGCUCUUCCAGGCCUUGGAGCAGAAGAAAAAGUCGUCGAGUCCAACUAAAUCCGCAGACGAGCCCCUCACCAAAGAACUUCAAGAAAAGGCAAAUCUUGUGCGCACACGCCUCGAGGAACUGGAAGCGGAGAUUGCCACAUUCAAAAAACAAAAUAUGGAACUGAUUCGCCUGAAGCAGAAGCAUGAGCUGGAAAAGGCCAAGUGCGCUCAAGACCACCUGGAGGCCAUGGAUCGUGUCCACGAUGAGAAAAUCCAAGCAGAGAUGUAUUUGCAUGAUGAGCGCAUGAAGAUCGAAGAGGAACGCCGCAAGUUUGAUCAGCAGAUGCGUCUACAAAAGAGCAAUGCCAACAGCAAAGAGAAGAAAGAAAUCGCUGCCCUCAAGCAGGAGGUGGAGUCGCUGCAGUUGCAGCUCAAGCAGAAGGAGCAGACCCAUGUGUCGGCCCAGGCACGCCUCAGAGCCCAGCUGCGGGCUGGCGAGAAGGAGCAACGUUUAUAUCGCGAUGAGAUUGAGCUGCUGGGCAAGGAGAACAAGCGCCUGGAGCAGGAGCUGAUCAAGGUUUCGCGUGAGAACAACUCAAAAAUGCUGCAGGAGAUCAAUCGCAAUAUUGCUAGACUGGCGCCGAAGGUGCUGCUGGCCACGGAUUCAUCUCAUUCAAUAGAUGAGAACGGGCGGCGCACCAAGUCCCUGGAUGGACCUCCCAGCAAAGUUCCAGCCAAGCAGCGGGAGUCCAUGAACCGCCGCCAGAGCAGUGGCAGUGUGCCGACACGAGGCCAGAGCAGUGGCUAUGGACAGUCACGAAAUCGCACAGAUAAGAAGAAGCCAGAGGUGUUGGAAGAAAGCUAUCCCAGCAGCAGCGCCAGUGAUGGAGAAGAUGACUCAGAUCCGCCCACAGAAACUGCAGCUGCAGCGGCAGCCAAAUCCACAGUAGAACCUGCAUCGGCUACAGACUUUAAGCGUGAGAUUGUGAAUGCAGAUGGAAGCAAGGACAUUUGGUAUCCAAAUGGCAACCUCAAGAAGAUCAGCGCCGAUGCCAUGACCGUGCGAAUGUUGUACUUCAACAAGGACAUCAAGGAGUCGGACAUUAGGGAGGGCACCACAAAGUAUUAUUAUGCGGAGACCAACACCUGGCACACAACAUAUUUGGACGGCCUGGAAAUACUGGAGUUUCCCAAUGGCCAAACGGAGCAUCGCCACAAGGAUGGCACCAUUGAGAUACGCUUCCCCAAUAAUACCAUCAAAAUGGUGGAUCCAAGUGAUGCGGAGGUGCUGGAGGAGUGGCGCUAUGAGGAUGGCUCGCGUCUCGUGCAGCUCCGAAACGGUGAUAAGAUUCUAAGUCUGCCCAAUGGCCAGAAGGAGAUACACACAAAGCUGAACAAGCGUCGCGAAUAUCCCGAUGGUACCGUCAAGAUGGUCUAUCCGGAUGGCAGCCAGGAGACCCGCUAUUCCAAUGGACGCGUGCGUCUCAAAGACAAGGAUGGCAAACUUAUCAUGGACACCGACUAUGCAAAGUAUUAGAACAUAAGAUUCCUGUUUAUUAUAUAAAUGUUUUAAUUGUAA